AUGUCCUCCGUGCAAUCUGUCGCGUCGUACUUUGCGUACUCUGUGCGAUGGGACACGUCGCUGACCCUGUCUGCGCUGACCAUCCUGUAUUACGACUACGCCAUGACCAUAUUCUCGGAGAUCGAGUACUACUGGAUCCCCGCGAAGCACUCGCUCUCGUUCUUCCUGUUCGUGACCAACCGGUACAUUGGCAUCCUUGGGCCCAUCCCCGUGUUCUUUGAGUAUUUCUCGGCGGUCUCGGAGCAUCGGUCAGUGUCGAACCGCCAUUGUGCAGACAUUUCCACGCGGUCGCGUUCUGACGUGAUCCCCUUGGACAGAUGUCGGCAGUUGCAACUGUACCACCAGAUAUUUGCUAUGCUGAGUCAAGCGGUUGUCGCCAUCCUGCUCAUUCUCCGGACAUACGCGCUGUACAACUGCAGCAAACGAAUGCUUGCGCUGCUCAUUAGUAUGCACCUCGGCGGCGCGGUUCAUUGCUUGAUUCGUCCCAGCGCGCGUCGCGCAUUGCAUCGCGAGCUAACACGCCGUUUGAAGUCUGCAGUACUGACGAGCAAGAGUCCCUUGACGACCGACACCCCGCUUGGGUUCCGCUACUCCCUAUGCAACCUCUCGCUCACCGACGACCAAGGUGUCCAUCUUGCGCUUGCGUGGAGCGCGAUGCUGUGGUUCGACACCAUUAUAUUCCUGUUGACACUGUACAAGGCGGUUCUCAUGCGACGAGAACUGUCUGGGGGGUUGCUCGAGGUCUUGUUCAGAGAUGGAACUAUAUACUACGGAAUUCUGGUGGUUGUGAACAUGAUUAACAUCAUCACCUUCUUGAAAACAGCACCAAACACGCCUUUGAAGGGCAUGGCGACGACCAUGACGAACGUAUUGUCGGUCACACUCACGUCCCGCCUAAUGCUAAAUCUACGAGACCCAAGUCUCCAGCGGCGGAACGAGCACCACGCCGGCACGAGCCGAUUCCGCGGGUGGUCUACAGGGCAGUUCACCUCUCGAGUGAUGUCCUUCCGAUACCCCACUGGCAUGGACCCUGAGAGCGUCACGCUCGACGAUUUUGGAACCUCUUGCACAUCAGAAGGAGCGAAUAGUGGGAAGUAA